UUAAAACGAUUUAAAAAUUCAUCAAAAAUAUAAUUUUUCUCUUCAACCGAAAAAUGUGGUGAAAAUGACAAUUUUCAAACGAAUAAGCAUCUGUUCAAAAUUUGUAGUAUAAUCAUGAUGUUGGUUUAAUUUGGUAUGUACUUAAACAGUUACUUAUUAAAGCCUAUCCAUGCAGUAGUCGUGCGAAACGUUGUUCGAGUUUGAUGAUCGUCGUGAUAAUUAGAAGACCAAUUUCGAUACCUUAUUUGAAAUGGAAAAAAUAUUUUUUCUUUUAUUUGUAUUAUUAUUUUUUCUGGCGAGUGUUUACUGUGAAUUAAGCUCUAAAUAUAAUAUUCAUAUUGUCAAUACAAGACACGCUAAAAAAAAGGAUCAUGCUGAUCGAGACGAUCGUUUCUACUCUAGAACUUAUUCUGACGUGUAUGAAAAUUAUGGGACUUCCAGUACGGAACAUACGACAGCAUAUGAGACCACUACAGAUUACUCGUAUACAUCCGAUAUUCAAGAGACUACUACCAAAGUUCUCUAUUACAUGACGAGUAUUUCUAAGACGACCGUAGACCUACCUUCUACUUACAAUGUAAAUGAUGACGUGGUGACAAAAUUGCUACAUAUUGUUGAAUCACAACGUGAACUUGGUGAAAAUUGUACUGCGGGCACUGACUUGAACCUGGGCGGAGGAGUCGUCGAUCGGUACGCACAGGAGCGAUUUCGGAUCGAAGCAGAAGUAGCUGUAAAUCGAGCGAAUUUUCUAACCAGACUUUGGAAAUACGCUGGUCAAGAAGUUAUGAACUCGGAAUAUUUACUGCAUGCUAGUAUUUUCUCGAUGGUGGAAUUCAACCCGAAUAUAUACGCGGCUGGAAACUGUUACGAUAAAUAUCAGUACAAAGAUUACGUGUUAUUUUGCCCAUACGCUCAUCGGCUGCCUGAAGGCCAAAUAUUGGCAAAAAAUUUAGCCUUGGAAUACAAAUACCUCGGUAACAAUAGCGAAUGGUUCUACCAAGCGAGAAAAGACGCUGAAGAAAUCAUCAAUAGAAAAAAUCCUUAUAGCCAUGGUUUUCAUACGUACACAUGGAAUGAAUCAACUCAUACCGAGAGGGAAACUGACGAAAUUCUUACUGUUAGUUAUGAAGACGGAAGAUGGAGUAAACCAUAUUAUGAUUGCGGUGGUGGCAACAUCUGGAUGCUCACUUAUACCGUUCCGUUUUUUGGUUAUCGUAACGGUGUUUAUUUUUUCAAAGGAACUAGUGGAAUCGAUAUUGAUUUAAGAAGAGUAGAUAUUGAUCAAUGUCCAUUGCCUGAAGGAGAAAACAAAUUGAAUAUUUUUGCCGCUUCAGAUAAAUGCAAGAAAUCAUCAACUUAUUGCGUUUCAAUUAAAGGACUUGGAUUUCGACGUGGCAGUUACAAAUGCGUUUGUCUUAUGGGUUUCUAUUUUCAAGACAAAACCGCAGAUCACAACUAUUUCCUUGGUACGAUAAUCGAAGAAGAAUAUGAUAAACUUCUGUUGGGAGAAGAAAACAUUUACAAUGUCUCGGGAUCAUUUGAAUGCUUGCCUUGUGCCGAAGGAUGCGAAUCAUGUGUCGAUUCGAGGCCUUGUGUAUUAACUUACAAUUGGGCUCUGCGAACAACUGUUCUCAUAUUGUCGCUUGUUUUCAUUUUCUGUUUACUAAUCGUCGAGUUCUUCACGUGGAGGUAUCGUAACAUGAGGGUCGUUCGAGCAGCCAGCCCAGUAUUACUGAAAGUUAUUGCAUUGGGAGCAUUUUUCAUAUAUUGCAUACCUAUAGUGAUGUAUCCGGCACCAACGAUGAUUACCUGUACAAUAAAAGUUUGGCUAAGAGAAAUCGGAUUUUCUAUCACAUAUGGAGCUUUAAUGCUGAAAACCUGGAGGAUAUCAAUAAUAUUUCAAGUACGUUCUGCCAAAGCUGUCAAAAUCACAGACACAGAUCUAAUGAAGAAAUUAGGCAUUAUAGUUUUAGUAUUCAGCACACUUUUAUUCAUUAGAACAAUGGUACAACCACCUUUAGUGUUGACAAUGAUGACAGCUGAUGCUUUGAAGGCCGAUGUGUGUGAAACAUCAUGGUGGGAUCACUGGUUCUCUCUCAUGGAAGCUUUGUUCCUUGUCUGGGGAAUCCGAUUGUGUAUUAAAGUUCGAAAGGCUCCUUCAGAAUUUAAUGAAGGUCGUUUUAUCUCAGUGGCAAUAUAUAAUGAAUUUCUGUUGUCGGUAUUUCUUCAUGUUUCAAUGUAUUUUCUUCAUACUCCAGCCAAUCCGGAUCUAUUUUAUAUUAUUGGUUUCUGUCAUACACAAAUGACUAUUACUCUACUAUUGUGUUUCAUUUUCGGCAGCAAAGCUUAUAUGGUGUUCAAAGGACAUGGUAGAGAAAGACAUGGCUCAAGUGCUACUGAUAUUAUAAAACUAUCAACAAAUACUAAAUUCUCAUCAAAACCAGCUAAUUCAAGUGCUUCCGGAGCAUUUCCAUCAAGCAGUUUGAUAAACAUAUCAAGAGGUGUUGAUAUAAUGACAGAACACGAUAUUCAACUUUCCAUCCCUGCUGAAAAUUCGCCUCGAAAUUAACCUCCAUUUACAACUGCAGUAUUACGACAAUGGAGGAAAUCUCCAUCGAAGAAGAAUCUAUAGCAGUUUGAUGGCUGCAGAAACCCCUCAGAAGACAGUUACAGAACGGAGAUGAAAAACAUCAAAAAGAUUCGGACCGGGCACUCACGAAGAGUGCGGUAGUGUGCCCAUAGUUCCAACUUCUUCAGAGGGGGUGUUUGGUUCGAAUAGUUCUAUUUAGUUUUAACUUUUAAUCGUAGUUUUUAGUUCCGUGUAUUCCGUUUGGAACGCUAGUUUAGCUCCCAACUUCCCAACCCUUAGUCUAGUUCCUAUCUGAUAAACCUGUUCAUUUGGCUUUCUACCCUAAACCCUCCCUUAUUUUUUUUUGGUAUGAAUGAUUUUUUCCUUUAAAUUUACGAAAGUAGUCUCUUCCAAAUUAAAAUCCCCUUUUUGUUUACAAUAUUUUAAUACAGUCCGCUAUCAGUUAAAUUUCGUAAUAUGUGAUUUUUUAAAUGUUGAAAAUUUAAAUAAAUAUUAUUAGAAAUAGAUGCCGAGUUAAUUUCCGCGAGAACAGGGGGCUUUAGGCAAUAAUAAUCGUAAAAAUAAUAUACAUCGAAUUAAUUUUUCAGUUUUUUAACCCUUGAAAUUAAUGCUUUUGUAAACGCUGACAAGAAAAGCCCCGACUGCUCACUAGCGCCCUCUUUGUGAAUGCCCGGUCCGAAUGACCAAAGAUACGAACCAUUUACGCAAUUCUUCUACUCAAGAUGCUGGGGGGGGGGUGUCAAAAAUUUUGAUAGGUCUCGACGUUUUCAGCUCUAACUAGACGAUUCUCGGUAUGCCAGAUCUUAUAUCUAUAAAUAGGUGAACUGAGUACUUUUCACCUCCUGUUGGUAUAACACAAGGCGUUUUCAUCUCAGGUAUUUAGAAUAAUUUUAGGAGUGUAUUCUUUUCAAAAUUAGGCUUCUCAUGCAAAAAUUAGUACGGGCACAUCGAGAAGGGAUAAGUUUUAUUCGGAGGUGAAAAAAAAUACUUUUUUCAUUGUUUGAAACUACUAGUGGCGAUUUUGAUGAUGACAUGAUUGCACUAAAAUGUAUAUCCGUAUAUGUAUAAGGUCAUUUUUGCCUCCACACAAAAAUUGGUAUUUAGAUGUUUUAGACUCCAUAGAUCACUAUUUUGAGGAUAUACCCGGCGCGACAUAAUGUCCUUAGUUUUUUUCUAGUGUGCUUAGUUUUUGAAUUUUUCUCAAAAAACAAAAAACUAAAAACUAAAAUUUAAUAAUAAGUAUGUGCAAAUUCAUUUUUCUGAAAAGUGAUAGAUUUUUAAAAAAUUUUCCAUUUGGUACAAACCAAUAAAACAUACACUUCUCAUUUCUAUCUUUCAAACGCCAAUAAACACCUUUUACUCAUGUUCUCAUACAUGUUAAUUAGGCUAUGUCCUCAUUUGAAAAUUGAGUCAAAAGUGAAUCUGUAUAAACAGCAAUCUCACGUCCCUGCUCAAACUUUGCCAGGAGACCACCCCCCCACACCUCGCAGAUUCAUGGCACCUCAUAGCAAAGUCACGUCCUAAUAAGGUUACGAGUUUGUCAAAACGUUAUUGUGAAGUUCAACUUCUCUAUUUUCUCUAAUAAAUCAAAAUUUUCCACUUAAAUUUUUUUUGUAUUCGCUUCUUUUAAAAUGUUUAUUCCCCCCCCCCCCCAAAUAAUAAGUCCAUUUUUUUGAAGAUGUAAAAAUAAUUGGCCCUGAACCCAGGCUACAACUUUUUACUAAACUGAAAUUUUUAAGCAGAUUUUGUAAUGGAUAGUGUUUGGAUGUAGGUGGAAAUUAUACAAAAAAGUAUAAUAUAAUAUAAUAAUAUUGUAUAUUUGAGAUACAUGCGGCAGCAAUGCUGCCAUUAUAUCACGUUGAGCAUUACAUAAUUGAAAACUGUAAAAAUUUUUGAUUACCUACUUAUCUACGUAUAAGAUACAAUUUUCAGAUUUAAAUAAAAUAAAAGACAUGAUUAAAACAUAAAAAGAUGAAGAUUUGAAACUAUACAUACAAAAUCAAAAUUCAAGCAAUUAUUCAUCAGAGUAGCUGAGAUAUUCCUCCAGGGUGUAAAAAGCACUAUUGAUCAGCCAUUCUUUGAGAGCAAUUUUAAAUGGAUAAUAUUAUUAUCUGAUGGUUUUUAGAACAUAUUUUUAAUUUUUACUUGUUGAAUAAACCCUUAUUCACUUACUUUUUGAACGCGCCUAGUAGGUAUUUUUUAUGUCGAAUGCUAUUGUCUAACUUUUGAAUUACCUACCUACAUUUUUUUUUCUGUUUACUCAAGUAAGCGAACUGUGUAUCUAUGUAAUUUUGAGUGUUAUUGUUUUUGUUUUAUUACGUGUUUCAAAAGCUUAACCUAAUUUACGUGCUUAUUUAAUAUAAUUUUUGUUGUAAGCCAUUGGUAGGUACAUAGGUACUUACCUAUGUACAUUAUGAGAUUUCAUUACAUUAUUAUAAUAAUGCUGCUUAUAUAUGUAGCUCAGUUUUUGACAUUAUGAAUGUAUGUACCUAAGUAUACAUUUUUUAAAAAAAAUGAUUUAAUAUCA